AUGGCCGGAGAUGCACCGACCUGGGGAUUCCGGGAUCCCCCAGAAAUUGCGGAGUACACCCACGGCCAAAGGCUUGUGAAUGCAGUUACAUUUUGUUGCUCUAUUGGCUUCCUCCUUUUGGGCUAUGAUCUGGGUUUUAUGGGCGGGUUGACCACGUCUCCCGAAUUCUUCGAUGUGUUCGGGAGCCCUAGCGCUGCCUUGCUAGCUUUCCUCGUGGCAUCGUAUGAAGUUGGUGCGAUGAUAGGAGCAGUAUUCCAGUUCUUCCAGGACGAUCGGUACGGCCGCAAGCCUAACAAUAUUGCCGGUGCAGUCAUUGUCGCUGUAGGAGCAAUUGUUCAGACAACAACAUACGGUCUUGCGCAAUUCCUCGUCGGUCGUAUUGUCGCGGAGUUUGGGUUGGGUAUGAUGACAACCGUCCUUCCGAUCUGGCUAUCUGGCUAUUGGAGUGUACUUCUCCCCAAGUCGAGAGGUCAGAUGAUGGCUAUGCAGCUGUCGAAUCUCAUCGUCGGUCUGAUCUUGGCGAACUGGUUGGACUACGGAAUGGCAUCGUAUUCCGGAUCGAUACAGUGGAGAUUCCCAUGUGCGUUCCAAAUCGUCUUCGCCUUCAUCGUUCUCAUCUUUAUGCCGAUAUGCCUGUCUGCUUUACCUGGGAAAGCCACCAGCGACCCCGAGAUUGUGGAAGAGCUCAAGGAGAUCCAAUAUGCCUUGACUAUGGAAGCGGAUGAUGCUGGCUCCUGGAGCGACGUUUUAAAAGACAAUGGGAUCAGUGGAUUUACAAGAGUUGCCAUUGCGUCCUCGGCCAACUUCUGUCAACAACCAUCGAGAUGCAGGGUUAUGUCGUCUUUGGGUCCAUACGUGUUUCAGAACUCGAUAGGGAUAUCCAGGAAGGAUGCGAUGCUUGUAUCCGGCGUUUUGCAGGUCUUCUAUUUCCUAAGCAUUCUGAUUCCUUGGUAUGCCCUUGAUCGUGUAGGCCGUCGAACGCUUUUUAUGACUGGCUCUUCGGGCAUGGGCAUCUGCUUUUGGACCAAAGGUCUCGAAAAUGCCGCAGCAGUGGUUUUGUAUAUUUUCUGGACAUUAUUUACGCUGGGAUGGCAGUCCAACAUGUGGAUCUAUCCCAGCGAACCCCUGCCCCUGAAACUCAGAUUACGGGGUGGCGCUUUGGCUGUUGUCUCACAGUGGCUGUUCACCUUUCUGGUUGUGGAAGUCACCCCAGUGAUGAUUAAGAACAUUGUUAGUUAUAUUGUUUUCACGGUCAUCAACUUUGCAUGCGUCCCACUAGUGUAUUUUACUUACCUGGAGACGAGCAAAAUGCCGCUCGAGGCAGUCGACCUAUUCUUUGCCGAUCGGGAUGGCUAA